AUGCAGCUGAAUUUCAGCGGCCUUCAGGCCCUGGUGACAGGGGAAGGGAGAGGGAUCGGGCGGGACACUGUGAAGGACCUGCAUGCCUCAGGAGCCAGAGUGGUGGCUGUGAGCCGCACCAACGCCGACCUGGUCAGCCUCCCCAAGGAGUGCCCCGGGACUGAGCCCAUGUGUGUGGACCUGGGUGACUGGGAGGCCACGGAGUGGGCGCUGGGCGGCGUGAGCCCUGUGGACCUGCUGGUGAACAAUGCUGGCAUGGCGCUGCUGCAGCCCUUCCUGGGGACCACCAAGGAGGUCUUCGACAGGUCCUUCCACGUGAACCUGCGCUCUGUGUUCCAGGUGUCCCAGAUCGUGGCCCUGGGCAUGAUCAACCACGGAGUGCCUGGCUCCAUCGUCAAUGUCUCCAGCAUGGUGGCCCAUGUCACCUUCCCCAACCUAGCUGCCCAGCCUUGACCCCCCAUUCCAUGCAGGAGCAGCUGGGCUCCGGGGGGUCCUCAGUGCUGCCCUCUCCCCACAGGCUCCACCAAGGGUGCAAUGACCAUGCUGACCAAAGCCAUGGCCAUGGAGCUGGAGCCACACAAGGUGGGCAUGGCGGCACUGGGCCCCACGGUGGUGCUGACGGCCAUGGGCAAGCAUGUCUCGUCCAACCCCGAGUUCGCCUGGAAGCUGAAGGAGCGCCACCCGCUGAGGAAGUUUGCGGAGGUGGAAGACGUGGUCAGCAGCAUCCUCUUCCGGCUCAGCGACCACAGCGCUUCCCCCAGUGGCUCGGGUAUCCUUGUGGACGCCGGGCACCUGGCCUCCUAG